UUUCUGAAAUGUUAGGAGCUACUUUAGGUGUAGCACGCAGGAGCUGCUCAAAGCAGUGGGGUCUGCUUGUACUCUGCUUGUACUCUGCUUUUACUCUAUCCAUAAUGCGAGCGCAAAGGGGUGCGAGCGCCCGGCGCCCUGGGACGGAGCGCGCGUUCACAGGGAGCAGCGAGGGCGCUGGCCCUUUAAGAGGGAGGUGAGUGCCAGCGAGGGACAAUGUGGGAAAACACAUGAGCUCCGGUCUCCGAGAGCGCAGGGAACCGCUCGUGUGCGCGCGGAGCGAUGCGGGCAGUGAGACUUUUGUGACAGCCUGUGCGUCGCGCGAGCUUUCCUGCCUGCCUGGGUGGGUCAGCAGUCGGGGACGAGCACGCGCGAGGGGUCAGACGGCCGCAAGAACAAACACAGUAAAAAAGUGCGGUAAGCGCCGUCGGGAGAAGAAGAGGACCUUGCCGCCCGGAGCACGUUUCUCCCCGGAGCGGAUGUGUGAGCCCAUCCCCCCAGUGUCACAUCUCCCAGCCAAAGAAGAUGUGACUAUGGUCGGCAUCAAGCUGGAAGAGGAGGGCCCAGGGGUGGUGCGCGAGUCAGUGGGUGGAGAAGCUCAGCGAGCCUCACCCUGUGAAUGGACUGCCGAUCCACAGUCAGAGCGUGCAGAUGUCCAUAUGGGGACACCCCUCAGCACACGUUCACCAUUGGCCUCUACAGGGACCAUGAUGAAAGCACAGUGGCCCUCACCGGCUGUGUCUCCUGAACAGGAUGCUUCCCCCAGUAAGGAGGGGACCCGUGAAGACAGCCCCCAGGACCAGGAUGGGUCCAGUCGGAGAUACAAAAGACCAGAACUUCAACACAACGUUAGUGAAGUGAUGCCAACCAUUGAAAAGCUGCUCAACACAGACUGGAGAGAAAAGCUUCUGGGCAAAGGAUCCCCAGGAAGUACCAGUCUGAAAGGCACACCAGAAAGCCUGGCAGAGAAGGAGCUCCAGCUGCUCGUGAUGAUCAACCAGCUUUCUAGCCUUCGGGAGCAGCUGCUGGGUGCUCACUCUGAGCAAAGGAACAUGGCUGCCCUGCUGUUGGAGAAGCAACAGCAACAGAUGGAGCUGGCCCGGCAACAACAGGAGCAGAUUGCAAAGCAACAGCAGCAGCUGAUUCAACAGCAGCAUAAGAUUAAUCUUCUACAGCAGCAGAUUCAGCAGGUGAACAUGCCAUAUGUGAUGAUCCCUGCUUUCCAUCCCAACUCUCAGCCACUGUCUGUCACUGCAGAGCCUCAGCUAGGCCUUCCUCUCCAACCCAUCCCCUGUAAGCCAGUGGAAUAUCCCAUGCAGCUCCUCCCUAAUUCCCACUCCACCUCAACAAAAAAGUCCAGUGGGGGAGUCCACAGACAGGAACCCAGUCAGCCACUCAAUCUGACCUCCAAACCCAAAGGACUGGACAUGGGUAAGGUGCCCAGCCCCCAGUCACUGGAGCUGUCUUCCUUGCACCUACAGAGCAGCUACAGGGCCCGCGACCUACAACAUAGUCCACCUCGACCAGGACUCAGCCUGGGGUUCCUGGGGGAGGGGGACAUGGUGACCCAGGCCAUUCAUGAUGCCCAGCAGCUGCUGAGGAGCAACGGGCCACCGGGAAGGGAAGGGGACUGCGCUACAAGGAAGGAGACGUCUCCAGGUGUUCGACUGAGUCAUGGAACAAGAGGCGAAGAUGGUCAGGACCAUCACAGCAGUGACUCAGAGGGGACCAUGCCAGCUACUGGCGUUGCAGGUUUCGCUGAGACACACCAGUCCUCAUCGGGGCACAUCAAGAGGCCCAUGAAUGCCUUCAUGGUGUGGGCCAAGGAUGAGCGCCGGCGCAUUCUGCAGGCCUUCCCAGAUAUGCACAACUCCAGCAUUAGCAAGAUCCUGGGCUCGCGAUGGAAGUCCAUGUCCAAUCAGGAGAAGCAGCCAUACUAUGAGGAGCAGGCCCGGCUGAGCCGCCAGCAUUUGGAGCGCUACCCAGACUAUAAGUACAAACCACGACCAAAGCGCACUUGCAUUGUGGAGGGACGUCGGCUGCGUGUGGGAGAGUACAAGGCCAUGAUGAAGAGUCGACGCCAGGAGCAGCGUGGAACCUACUCAGCCAGCCAGCCUGAUCCAGCCUUGCACUACUCCUCCAGUGAUCCCCAUUACCCCAGACCCAGCAUGUCUAUGACCAUGCACCCCACCAUGAUGGAGCACUACAGGCCUGGGGUGCUGGAGCCCCAGCAGGGGCGGGCCAUGGAGGCCCAUGGAGGUCCUGUGGAGAAGAGGCACCGUUAUAGCGAGGGGGAAGAGAGUGAUGCUGGGGAGCGAAGUGAGGGAGAACUUGUGGUCUUGACCGACUGAGGUGGGGUGAACACUCAGCCCAUUUGGUUAGCUGACCCCUUGGGUCUCUUUCAACCAUUUCAUUCAUGGACGCUUACUGGCUAGUCGGCCAAAAAAAUGUGCUAUGCUGUGGCAGUUGAAUGAUUACUCAGCUGGAAGCUGUUCUUAGUGAUUUUUUUUUUUUUACAGUAGUUUCAAGUAUAUUAUAUUAGAGGAUAGAAGUGUGUUUUUUAUUCUGGAUCUUAAGAUAAGCAUUGCAGUCCCAUGUGGAUGAAGUAGGACAUGCUUUGGUAUCGGUAGUCCACAUUAUAAUGCAUUUUGUACAGGCAGGCCCUUUUUAAAGGUAACAUAGAUAAAAGUUUUGGCAUUGAAUUUUUAUUUGUAUAUUUUUGCAGUAUGAAUAUUUUUGUAAUUAUUUAAAAGAGUCCAUUUAUAACCCUUUCAAGAUGGCAGUUGUUAGAUACAUUGGCUUGGGGAUGUUCCAAAUGUAAAAAUGACAUUUCUCCAUUUUCCAUAAAAACUCCAAAUAAUUCCCCCAGGUUAGACAGCUGGAUCCAUGUCACCACCUUUGUAUGUUUUCAGUUUCCUUGUCAGGAUCCCCUUUUAAUCUUUUUACACCAUAGAAAGCACUUUUAUAGCACCACAAGUUCCUACCUGGCAGGGCAAAGAUAAAUACCUUCACAGAAUAGCUCUAUUGAU